UUUUAUUCUACACGGGUUUGUUUGAAAAGAAAAAAAGAAAAGAAAAAAAACUAAACGCUUUUACCGGCAAACGACAUCGAUAUAUUUCGAUAUAUCGCUCUACUAUUAUUCGUAGGUUAGGAAACUGAUAACGUAAGAUUAACUUGCUAAGAAAUGGUUUAUAUUGCGUGAAAUAUAGAUAAAAUCGUACGUGAACGUUUUUAUUAUUAUCAUUUAAAAAAAAUGGCAUUGAAACGAAUUAAAUUCGUGUUUGUUGGGUAAAGAUAUCAUUUGAAACGAAGAGAGGUUAGGUUUCGUUACGGUUUACAAUGGCUGUAGAAUUCUUAGUGAACCGGCUAAAAGCCCUUGUUUUACUUCUCUUCGGUGUAUUUAGACGUGCUAUGUGUUGUUUACGACGUCGUAGAAGAUCUUCGUGUGAUUCGAUACCUCUUUCAGCCGUUGGUGUGGUACCAAACGCUUCAAACAAUUUAAAUACGGAAUUAGAAAAAUGGGAUCAUUGGGAAGAAAAUCCAGUUGUUGUUGUACCGGAUAAACCUGUUAAUACGGUACAAUCUAAGAUUGAACAAUACAGGCAGCAAGUGACCAAGUCUACAGAACCUCCUGUGGAGGAACAGCAACCUAACUUUUUUGAGGAUAUGACACCAAAAAUUACAAGGCAAACAAAACUUCUUAUCAAAGAUAAAAAAAUAGAGAAUGUUUCUCAUAAUCCUACAAAAUUUGCAGUAGCUAUUGAUCCAAUACCAACAAACGAACUUAAAGAAUGGGAAGAUAAUGCUAUCAGUUGGGAAGAAGAAACGAGCGAAGAAAUUGGUGAUCCUACAAAAGCAUUGAGAGAAUACAAGCGUAGAGAACGUGAACAACGCCUAUUUGAACAGCAACAGAAAAGGCUAGAACGUAAUGCUAGGCCACAACCAUUAGGAGCAAAAAUAAAUUCUUGAUGUGAAAGAACAUUCUUGUUCGAAUCAGCAUUAAGUUUUAUGAUAUUUUUUAAAGAGAUAAUGUCUAUGUUCUUUGAUAUGCAGUUAAGAAACAAUUCCAUCUGUAUUGGAUAUCUUGUAACAUUUCUGUUAUACAUGAGAAACGAUUGUGAAACUAAAAUCUAAUUAUACAAAAAUUUUAAUAACAAUUCCAUGCUUAUAUACAUAAGCUAUUUAUACGACGGAUAUAAUUUGAAAAUGGCGAGAUUAUAUUCAAUAUUAUCAAAUGAAAUUGUUCAUAAAAGAACAUAUCUCUCAAAUAUUGCAUUUAAAAUUAUCUACUCAUAUAUUUUUAUUCUUAAUCAUUUCUUGUAACACUAUUAGCCUUGUGAUUAUUUAAAUUAUAAAUUAUAAAUUAUAUAUUAUAUAUAUAUCCGAUCGUAAAUUAAUUACUUUAAAAUUGCAAUGCAAUUAUCAUUCAUAAUUUAUUUCGCAAUAAUAAUUUCACGUAAGAUGGAUCGUAAUAGUAUAAUAUUGCGUAUUUCUCUUAUUAUUAAUUCUAUUAUUAUUAUCUAUUAUUUCUUUGUAUGUUAAAAAUACAAUACACGUACAUAGUAUUUACAAACAUUCCACAUUGAUUACCUGCACCAUUAUAAUGCAUUGCACGUGUUUUACACUCAUUAAAGAGAAUAACUCACAAAAAUAUUAAUUAUGUAAAAUGUAUUAGAUUUUUUGUACCUAUUAAGUUUUAGAGAAGCUGUUCUUAUAAAAAGAAUAAAUUUCUUUGAAAGUCUUAGGAUAUAUAAUUUCAUUAUUCUUUAUGUUACUAUUCUAUUAUGAACAAUUAAAUUAUAAAAAACAAGAAAGUUAUUUAAAUCACAGAUUUUUUAUUUCAUUUUUUAAUCUACAUUUUAUUUUUUAUAUACAAAAAUGCGCAUCCGGUAAUAUAAUAAAACUUCAAUAGAAUAAAAUUCAUAGGCAUUAUUUCAUACAGUCACAUAAAAAUAGCGCCAUAGUUUAAUAUUAAGAUCGACAUAUAAAAAAAUUCAUUACUAAUAAAUUAGAGAUAAAGAACGAUUCACAUUGUUGCUGUUAAAUAUCGCCGUAAAAUUGUAUAUUUUAUCUAAAAGCAUAAUUUAUAAAAAUAUGGUGUAAUCGUAACUAGAUUAAAUAUCUAUCUUAUCUUUCAGUAAUCAAAUCGGACAAGCUUUAAUCUAUUAUGACAAUGUGUGUAUAUUUAUCGAAUAGCGCAAUAAUAAUCAAGAAUUGGUAUUACCUUCGACAAGAAAAAAAUUAAAAGUCCGUAUAUCUUAUAUAUUUAUAGAUAUAAUAUUUGUAUGAUUACGUAUCUAUCUUUUGCACAAUAUUACAAAAA